AUGACCACGCAAGUAUUUUGGCGCGUGAAACGCACAGUCUCGCCGCCGCUCACCAGACAGCCCCUCAAAGGCCUCUACCUACUCGUCGUCAUCGCUGGUGCACUCAUCCGGCUUCCAUACUGGCUCGUCGUGUCCGCGAUCCCUGCCACUCGCCACCGCAAAAGAUGGUCCUUUGCGCGCGCGAUGCAGAUGCACAUACUCCAGUACACUUUCAUACCACUCUUCGCAACACUCGCCUUGCCGACCGUGUUUAUCGACCCUAAGACCGUGGAUCCCGCUAAGGGCACUAUCUGGAUUGACCCGACACCGGAGUUUGUCGCGGGUGAGAUAAAGGAGGCGGCGGAUGUGAAUGGGGUCGAGCCCGCUCGAGUGAUAGGCUAUAUGCAGUUCAAGAAGGGCAAGGAUUGCAGGGCGGAUGAGAAGGCCAGGCUGGGAGAAAAGAUUAUAUACCACUUGCACGGUGGAGGUUACAUUUGGGACGGAGUGAAAGGCGGGUCAGGAUGGCUCCGCAGCAAAUGGCUCGAAGAAUCACCUUCGAUGUCGCGGGCAUUCCAAGUCGAGUUCCGACUGGCCUCGCACUACGGGCAUGAGCUGAUUUCAGAUCACCUGAAAUGUCCCGGUCAAGCCAUCAAAAAUGUUUCAUUUUCGGAGACUUAA